GGCCACCUCGCCAGACUCCAUUUCAAGGAACCCCUCUCUGGCUCUCUUCUCCUUCUCGAUUUCUCCUCUCUUGGAAGCUCGACCAUGGCGGUGCCUCAACACCACCUUCAAUUACGCUACCAAUCUCAGCAGCCUCAACAGCAACAGCUACAAACCAGAAACUUCAGAAAUUUUUACUCGACCGAUGGUCAGAUUUCGCCUCCGAUUGCCGGUUACAUUCCUGCUAAUUUGCCAGAUCAGUCUCAGCAUCCUGCCUUUCAUGUGGUAGGGUUUGCACCUGGUCCCGUCCCUGUGACAGAUGUUAGUGAUGUGGGAGCUGAUUUACAGUGGAAUUUUGGCCUGGAACCCAAGAAUAAGAGAUUGAAGGAACAGGACUUUUUGGAAAUCAAUUCACAGAUAUCAUCUGUUGAUUUCCUGCAAGCCCGAUCAGUGUCAACAGGUUUAGGUCUAUCUCUUGACAAUACGUGUGCGGCGACAUCAGGUGACUCAACUUUGCUGUCACUUAUUGGUGAUGACAUCGAUCUCGAGUUACAGCGACAGGACGCAGAGAUUGAUAGAUUCCUUAAAGUUCAGGGGGACAGGCUACGCCAAGCUAUCUUGGAUAAGGUUCAGGCUAGCCAACUUCAAACUGUGUCAUAUGUGGAAGAGAAAAUUCUUCCAAAGCUCCAUGAAAAAGAAGCAGAGGUGGAGAGCAUUAACAAGAAGAAUUUGGAACUUGAGGAGCGAAUAGAACGAGUGUCCAUGGAAGCUAGUGCUUGGCAACAGCGAGCCAGAUACAAUGAGAACAUGAUUAGUGCCCUCAAGUUUAAUCUUCAGCAAGUCUAUGCGCAAAGUCGGGAUAGUAAAGAAGGAUGUGGUGAUAGCGAGGUGGAUGAUACAGCUUCGUGCUACAAUGGCCGUACCCUAGAUUUCCAUCUGCUCUCAACGGAGAAUAAUGACAUGAAAGAGUUGAUGACUUGCAGAGUAUGUAGAGUGAAGGAAGUCUGCAUGCUUUUGUUACCUUGUAAGCAUCUCUGCCUCUGUAAAGAUUGUGAAAGUAAGCUUAGCUUUUGUCCCGUGUGUCAGUCCUCUAAGUAUAUUGGCAUGGAGGUCUAUGUAUAAUGGGAUAUUAUAUGCGACAGCUGUAAUAGUUAAUACUAUGCAUGCAUUUACUCGUCAAGAUGGUGAGUGGUUGUUGCC